AGGAGAGCGGAGAGAACCGUCCAUAUUACAGCUGCUUUGUCAGCACUUUUCACGGUGAUGGACCCUCCUGGUGGGGGAGACGAACGGCGGAGGCAGGCAGAGCGUCUUCGAAGGGAGGAGGCAUACUAUCACUUCAUUAAUGAACUGAGUGAAGAGGAAUACCGCCUAAUGAGAGACAGCAACCUGCUGGGCACGCCUGGUGAGGUGACGGCUGAGGAGCUUCGGCAGCGUCUUGAUGGAGCGAAGGAGCGUGUGUCAUCUCAGCCUCGUACUGAGCAACGCUUGCAGACUGCUGAUUCAGUUGAGCAGCAGGGCAGCAGUGGCGAAGGAGAAGAGAGAGGGGCUGGAGGGAGACGAGGAGCAGGGGGCACAGAGCCUGGAGCAGAAACCUCUAAUGGUGACUCAUUACUGGAGUGGCUGAACACUUUCAGACGCACAGGUAAUGCUACUCGCAGUGGGCAGAGUGGAAACCAGACAUGGCGUGCUGUUAGCCGGACCAACCCCAACAGUGGGGAAUUCCGAUUUAGCCUGGAGAUCAACAUAAACCACGAUCAGCCAGAGCCAGGAGAGCACAAUGACUCCUCGGACACCGCAGAGCUGCCAGUAACUGCCCCAAACACGACUUCACCCUCUCUACGCACUGCUUCUUCCUUCUCCAACCCUCGACCGUCAACCACACCUAGGCCAGCUCCUUACCCCUCUCCUCGCCCAGCCCUCAUUAGAAGGAUUCAAACACGUCGCACACGCAGCAGCACUACCACUCUUUCUAUGAGCCCCCCUGCACUUCCUGCUCCAGUGCCUCCUCCUGCUCAGAGGAGAGGUGCUACUUUGCACUCUUUAGUACCGCCUUCCACUGUUACCCCUCCUCUUGAUCAGACUACACCUUCACAACAUCAACCUUUGAAUGCAGAAGUGGAGCAGGGGCGUGAUGAUAUGACUGUAUCUUUAGACUGCCCUCGUGUUUCACCCCAGUCUGGGUCUCAAGCCCCAGCGGCAGGACACGAAUCACGUGGCAGUAGGACUCGAUCACGUGGACGUUCACGCAGGGUUGCAGCAGGAGGUGGGGUUUCAUCCCGCUUGUCAAGGCGAAGUCGCUCCCCCUUACACAGAACCCCUGUUCCCAGUACCACUCCACCAUCCAGCAGUGGUGUGAGUGGCUCUAGCAUCCACACUGUUGAGCCAGGCAGUGGCACAAGCUCUGUUUCCAUGGAGACAGGGGAGGCUGUGGCAGAACCUGCAGCUCUAACAGAGCCGGCUGUAGAGACAGUAGAACGUGAGAAUGAGUCUCACAUAACAGGAGCAGGAAGUUCAGCAGUGCGCCGGCACCCUACCAUCAUGUUGGACCUGCAGGUGAGAAGGAUUCGACCCGGGGAAAACCGGGACCGGGACAGCAUUGCCAGCAGAACACGUUCGCGUGCCCGGGUUGCAGAGAAUACCGUUACAUUUGAAAGUGACAGUGGUGGAUUUAGACGCACCAUCUCCCGCUCUGAGCGAGCUGGGAUCCGCACCUAUGUGAGCACGAUCCGGAUUCCACUGCGACGCAUCAGUGAGACAGGCCUCGGGGAGCCCAACUCCACUGCACUGCGUUCCAUCUUGCGUCAGAUUAUGACCGGUUUUGGGGAGCUGAGCUCUCUAAUGGAGACAGAGGCUGAUUCUGAAACUGUUGCACCUAGCCACAUAGAUGUUGGUAGUACAAAUAGUAGCACCAGCCCAGCCAGCCGUCUACACACAAAUGAGAGUGCAGCCGGCCAGGUUGGUGCAGGUGGGGCAGAUCAGGAGAGGGUGGGACUGGUGGGGAGUGAAGAGGACCAGGGAGGCCAGGCUAGGCUCGGAGGUGCAGUAGUGAGCACCACAGAGGGACGAGCCACCAGCAGAGACACUAACAACCUGGUAGAAAACGGUACUCUACCCAUCCUGCGGUUGGCGCACUUCUUCUUACUGAAUGAUGAGGAGGAUGACGAACACCCUCGCGGUCUGACCAAAGAACAGAUUGACAAUCUGGCCACGCGUACCUAUGGUCAGGCCAGCCUGGAGGGGGAGAUGGGCCGUGCAUGCAGUGUCUGCAUCAACGAGUAUGCCCAGGGCAACAAGCUGCGUCGCCUGCCUUGCUCCCACGAAUUCCACAUCCACUGCAUCGACCGCUGGCUCUCUGAAAACAACACCUGCCCCAUCUGCAGGCAGCCCAUUCUGGCAGUGCAUCAUGACUGACCUAUUUGCUCACAAACACUACUAUCAUGUUCCUGGCUGGCUGAACUGAGCAGACCCAAGUAGGCUUUGCAUGUACAUAGCGCUUUCAUGGUUUAAUUUGUUUGAGAAUAUUCAUUGUGUUGAAGGUUAAGAAGGUUGAACCAAAAGUGCAGAAAAAAAGAAAGUAUAAAUGCAGAGAAUUAACAAAACUUUAUUUUUUUAGACUUUGUUUUCAGCAACUUGUUAAUGUUUUAUUUUUUCUCUUCCUGUGACCUGUUUUGCUGGUCUCUGUCACAAAGCCUCAGAGACUCUCAUCAUUGGAUGGCAUUAAUGCUUAAGGAGCUCCUGUAGCCGCUGCUGACUAGUCUCACUUUAACUCUUUAGUGUCGGAUAUGUGACGUCUCUUUGUCACAACUGGACUACACAAAUCACUUCUAGACUCGAUUUAGUCAGUGUAAGCUGUAAAUACCUCACCACUGCUUGUAUCUAAAGGAUUUGAAGCAAGAUGUUCCUCUGAUGCCAUCUGUUCAGAAUGGAAGCAGGAAACCUCCGUUUUUGUUUUAAAAACGUUCUCCAUUUUAAAGCUUUGGCAUCCAUUUUAAAGUGUCCCUUUACUAUUGGAUAUUCUGUUUGUUUGUUUGUUAAGCCCUCUUCAUACAUCUGCCCCAUAUAAUUGCAAUACAGAAUUCAUCCAUCAAAGUCGCCCACUAAAAUCAGUCACUUCAAAAUCUUCAACAUUACCCAUAUGAGCAGCACAAUUGAAAUGAAAUACAGAAGGCAGGUGAUAAUCAGGAAGGCAGAGUUGUAAUUUAAUGAGUUGUGCAAUACAGAAAGAAAAUACAGUAUGUUUUUUUGCUGUUCAUUGUUGUUUACAUUGUAAUGCCCGAUUAUCAUCUCCACUUAAAAACAAAGGUUUGUUAACCCUGAAAUCCAUGUUUCCUCUUGUUUCUUGUUAUUGUUUUUUAUCCGUAUCUGACAGACGCCUUCGGACCUGUCUCGUGAAGCAGCAGGAAGAUUUUAGCUUGAUAAAUCUGUCUAUCAAAAAUCUUUUUUAAUAUAAAAUAUGGACGUAAGAGAUCAAAAUUAACUCUUUUAUUUAUUGCAGCUGUCCAGCUAACUCUGAAAACCUGCGUCAUGAAACGGGUGUUGGGAAAUUGUUGAUGUUUUGAGCACCUUCUCCAAAAUGACAUUUUUUGCUUAUGGAAAUCUGUUAAUAACAAAGCUCUUCAUAAUUGGGUUAUGUCAAAAUGCAACGAUUGCAGUCCGUUUCUGUUCCUGUGCUACACCUGAAUAAGCCAGUGUUAGUAAUAAGGUGUUCUUGUAUGUCCAUCUGAUCUGUUUUUACAUGAUCUGCACAGAUAUUGGCACUUCUUUUGCAGCACAGGUGGAUUAUCUAGCUGAAUCACCUAGUCAGUGUGUUGUUAUCAGGGUCCCUGUGUGCAUCAACAAUAACCGUACACAGGAGCUAUUACAUCUCUGCAGUCAACAUGUCACUGACAGAACUGCAGGAAUGAUCCAGUAUGUAAGAAUGUGUGAGAGUGGGGUAUGUGUGUAUGGUUUAACCGUGUGUGCAUGUGAGAGUGUGGGUGCUGAAGGAAAAGACCAGUGUCCGAAUGAACCUGGUUCUCAGAAAGCUUCUGAUCAGUGAAGGUCCACCACAGACUUGGAGAGGGGGUUGUGGCCACUCAUUUCAGAAGUGAAUAUUUAUUCUGUUCCUAUUUAAUAAAAUGGAAAUCAACUUUUGAAACAUGAAUAUGUAUUAUGUUACAAUGUGAUGAGAGUAAAUAAACAAGUUAUGAUAAAUAUGUUACUAUGUAAUAAAAAGAAGACAUGGGUUUUCUUCUCUGCUCCUUAACAAUGGAAUAAAAUGCAGCUUUGUUAUG